AUGUGGUUUGUUAUUUCGAGGUGUGCAGAUUCAGGAUUAACAUUAGAAUGUGGCAUAAAUAUAUUUGAGAGAUGGGUUCCAAAAAGUUUCGCUUUAUCUUUGUCAGAGAUCGCUAGCUCUCCGUUUGAAUCAGUGAGCGGUGUAGCUUGUUCUUUGAUUUUAAGAAUAUUUUUGGUAGUUCUCCAUAGAGAAUCGUCAUUAGAAUUUAGUGAUUGA